GAUUCAGAAGGUGUGUAUAUUUGUAUAUAUAUUUUCUUUUUUUCGUUAUUGUCCAUGUAUUGUGUUUAAUGUUAGUAUGUUAUAGUUAUGGGGUUGUUGAGGAAGGAGAUGUUGAUUUCGAACUUGUAAUUUUUUUGGGUAAUCUUUAGUUAUGUAUGAGAUAGAAGAAACCCUUUUUUUUAUCUGUUCCAAAAGAAAAACAAAUGAAGCCCUUUUGUUGGAUUUUAUGAACAUAACGUUUAUGACAUGGAAGAGUUGAUUGUGCUUUUAAUGGUAGUUAUUUGGGAUGGAAUGGUGGUUGGUAUUCAGUUUGAAAAGGUGCAAUAAAAUUGAUGAGUGAAAUAGAGAAAUGAAUGGAAGUUAUUGGUAAUGCGGAGCGAUAUAGUUGGACCAUCUUGAAUGUAUCUUGAUGAGAAUAAGAAGUUGAUUUUGGCAAUUUUGGACAAUCAGAAUCUUGGAAAACUUGCUGAAUGUGCGCAGUAUCAAGCUCAGCUGCAAAAAAAUUUGAUGUAUUUAGCUGCUAUUGCGGAUGCGCAACCGCAAUCGAUGCCAACAAUGCCUCCUCAGAUGGCACCACAUCCUGCAAUUCCAACCGGAGGAUAUUUUAUGCAACAUCCUCAGGCUGCUGCAAUGGCACAACAACCUGGCAUGUACCCUCAAAAGGUGCCAUUGCAAUUCAAUAACCCACAUCAAAUGCAAGACCCUCAGCAUCUCCUGCACCAACAGCAUCAGCAAGCCAUGCAAGGUCAAAUGGGAAUCAGGCCUGGAGGACCCAAUAAUGGCAUGCAUCCCAUGCAUUCCGAGGCCAGUCUUGGAGGUGGCUGCAGUGCUGGCCCCCCUCAAUCUUCAGGCCCAAGUGAUGGACGUGCUGGAAACAAGCAAAACCCUGAAACCGGUGCCAAUGGACAGGGCAGCACAACCGGCGACAGAGCCGAGGAGGGAAAGUGACUGUGAUGGUAGGUUUAUUUUACAAUAGAAUUUGUAUUCCUCUGGUAGUCAUCUCAUAGACUGUUGUAGAAUUAAAACCUUCAACUUGCUCUUUAAUGUAGCAGUUUAGGUAGUUUAACUCUUGUUGAGAGGUUGUUGGCAUGCCAAUGAAUUAAACAACAGGUUGUUAAGACAACGAUGGUUUUGUUGUAAAAGGAGGUGAUAUAUACGAGCAUGUGGUCACUACCUCUGAGGCUGUCAUUUUGUAAUAACCUAUAAAAGUUUGCAGCUUGUAUCUAAAUUGUGAUCCAGUUGAAAAUUA